UACAGUAGAUUUUAUGGUUGCCACUACGUUAAAAGAGUAUCCCUGGCAAGUGGGAAGCACCAGAAGAAACUAAUCUGAUCGCCCGCAUAAGCCGCAAUCCGAGGGAAAAACGCUUCUUCUCCUUGUCCUAACGUACAUUUCCUGAAUCAAACAAUUUCAGCGGUGGGAGAAAAUCGGGUACAGAGGGAUGCUAUUAAUUGUUACCCCAAGAACAGGUGACCAGUCACCAGAUCGAGAUAUCAAACUCUACUACUAAUCGUACAGGAAGCAGUACUAUAAAGUAGGGGCGAGAACAGUCGGAAACGGCGGUAUCUUUUUCAUUUCUUCCAAUCCACUCUUCAUAAAAUUUAAGGUCCAAGGCAUCCCGUUCCCAUUCUCACACGCAGCAGCAGCAGCAGGAAGAAUAUGCCUUGCCUUGAUAUCUCUACCAACGUCAACCUAAAUGGAGUCGACCUGGACUCUGUCUUUUCUGAAGCCACCAAAACUGUCGCUGCAAUUAUCGGAAAACCCGAAACUUUUGUGAUGGUCCUGCUAAAGGGCUCGGUGCCGAUAUCUUUCGGCGGAAACAAAGAACCUGCUGCACUUGGGGAGAUUAUAUCCAUGGGUGGAAUCAACAGGGAAGUCAAAAGGAAGCUGAUUGCGGCCAUCGGCACCAUCCUGGAGACCAAAUUGUCCAUUCCCAGAACCCGAUUCGUCCUCAAGGUUUAUGACACGACAAUGGGCCGCAACCAGUCCAAGUUGUGAACCUCCCUUUCCCUUGCAUUUUCUGCUCUUCAACUAAAACAUAGAGUAUUUACUUACUUCUCUCUCUAAAACUCUUUUCUCUCCCUUCUCCAUCAAGAUCUUCUUCGUCUCUUUCAUGGGCGAGAGACCAAAUCUGGUCUUUUUCCAUGAAAGGAAGUACUCUUUAUAGUUUUUAGUUUCUCUUAUUUAAAUAAAUUUUCUCCUAAAAUUUCCUAACGAGAGAUUCUUCUCUCCUAGUACAUCAUUUCUUCUCUCCUAUAUUGUUCUAGCGAGAGCUUUAUUUCCUUA